UGCUGGUGUUUCUUUGCUUGGAGCAGCGCUGAUCGUGUUCACACUGACCGGCAGCAUGGCAGGAGAAAGCGAGGCCGAUCUGGAGCAGCGUGAACCCGAGCACACACACACCAUUCGACAGCCUUUCCUCAUCGGGGUGGCGGGGGGCACUGCCAGCGGAAAGUCAUCCGUGUGUGGUAAGAUUAUGGAGCUUCUUGGCCAGAAUAAAAUUGACCAUCAUCAAAGGCAGGUUGCCAUCCUGAGUCAGGACAGUUUCUACAAGGUGCUUACCCCAGAACAGAAGGCCAAGGCUCUUAAAGGGCAAUUCAACUUUGAUCACCCAGAUGCAUUUGAUAAUGAGUUAAUAAUUAAGACUCUGUGGGACAUCAUGGAGGGAAGAACAGUUCAGAUCCCAGUCUAUGACUUUGUAACCCAUUCCAGGAAGAAAGAAACGGUAACAGUGUACCCAGCUGAUGUGGUGCUGUUCGAGGGGAUUCUCAUGUUCUACUCGCAGGAAAUCCGGGAUCUCUUUCAGAUGAAGCUGUUUGUCGACACAGAUGCUGAUACACGACUCUCACGCAGAGUCUUGCGAGACAUCAGUGAGCGAGGACGGGACCUGGAGCAGGUCUUAAGUCAAUAUAUCACAUUUGUUAAGCCUGCUUUUGAAGAGUUCUGCCUACCAACAAAAAAGUAUGCUGAUGUAAUCAUCCCAAGGGGAGCUGAUAAUCUAGUUGCCAUUAAUCUGAUAGUGCAGCACAUCCAGGACAUUCUGAAUGGUGGCUUAACCAAACGACUGAACGGUUGUCUUAAUGGCCACACUACUCCUCGCAAGCGGCAGCCAUCAGAGUCAAGCAGCAGGCCACACUGAUAUGCCCUACAAGGGAACCAGAGAAGAGUGGCAAUGGACAAGGGACUUGAAGGGGGGUUGUGUGUAUAUAUACACUGAUGAUUUGCAAACUGUAUUUAAAAGAAAAAAAAUCAAGAAAUGCCUUCUCUGACUUGCUACAGUGUUAUUGUUUUGUCUUUUGUUUUUCAAAUGACUGCUGCACUUAAUUGUGAGGGGAAAAUUGUCCUUGCUGAAAACAGUUGGUCAAAGCUAUUUUGCCUGUCCUAUUAAUUUGCAUUUGCAUAUUUUAUCCAUCUGGCCCUAGAUUAUGAGUGUUUCUAAAAUAAUUAGACCGUACGGGUCACUUCAGAAUUUGCCAAAGGGACAUAGCUGGUAAAGACCUGCACUGACUUGAAUAAAAAGAAAAAAAACAGCAUAUUUUCACGAUUGAAGUACAACUUCUGCCUCUGUUGUAAUAUUAUUGCCUCUAAAGCAUUUUCAGCUCCUCUGCUGUAUGUUAGUGUUCAUUCCAAUAGCAAAGUGACUUUAUUCAAAAGGACUGAUGUUUUUUUUUUAUUUUUAUUUUUAUUUUUUUUUUAUAAAUCCUUCAUUUUUGCUAACAUCCAUCUUCAUUAUUCGUAGGUCAGGGCUUGUAUUGUAUCUUGCACUGUAAAAUAAAGCUCAGUGGCAUGUUAUGAACAGUAUGUUAACAUGACAGAGAUGCUUACGUACAGACAAAGAAAAGAUUGGAUGUUCUCCAGGUCCUAUGCAGCAUGUUCAAAGACAGACUCUGUCAACACAACUUAAAGUAUAUGCAGAUUCAGUAAAGAAACCAAGAACUUGUAUGGCUGUCCUUGAUCUACUGUAUUCAAUGUGGUGUUUUGACACCUUUCAAACAACACUAAGAGGGAGAUAAUAAAUUGCAAAAAUACUGAUUUUAUUUAAUAGAA